AUGACCAGCUCCAGGACUUGGGACCAGGUCCCCGAGACCAUCAGUUUGAUGAAGCAGAUGGGCAUCCGCUUGUGGGUGCUCACCGGCGACAAGACGGAGACCGCGGUGGACAUCGCCAGGUCUUGCAGCCUCUUCACCAGCUCCACCACCCUGGCUUACGCCGUGAACGCCAAGGACGCAAAGGACGCGGAGGACUUGCUGCUCAAGGCAUAUUGUGACUUGGAGGGCAAGCCAGACGCUGGCAUCGUGCUCGACGGCAGCACCCUCCUGCACGCGCUGCGGGAGCCCCAGUGCCGCAAGGUCAUCUACGACCUGGGCAUGGUCAGCCGCUCGUGCAUCUGCGCGCGCCUGAGCCCCCAGCAGAAGCUGCAUCUCGUCCAGCUGGUGCGCGAGCAGGACCCGACAUCCAUCACGCUCGCGGUCGGUGACGGCGCGAACGACGUCCCGAUGAUCUACGGCGCGCAUCUCGGCAUCGCGAUCCGCGGGAAGGAGGGCACUCAGGCGGUGCAGGCGUCCGACAUCGCCAUCUCGCAGUUUCGUUACCUGAUGCCGCUGUUGCAGUGCCACGGGCGCCGUGCGUACAGGCGCGUGGCGCUGUUUUUGUGCUUCUUCUUGUACAAGAACAUCACGCUCAUCAUGCUGGACAUGGUGUGGAUGUUUCAGUUUAAGUUCAAGGGCAUGGUCGCCGUGCCAGAGUGGCUGUCUAUCAACUUCAACCCAAUGUUCACAUCGUUACAUAUGCUUCUAGUGCUCGGCCUCGACAGAGACAUCUCAGACGAGGAUGCCAACAAACAUCCAGCUCUUUACAAGAUCGGCCCUGCUCGCAAGCUCUUCAAUUUGAGAGUGUUUUCCAAGUGGGUGGUCAUAGGUAUCUACCAUGGCGCGGUCUGUUGGCUGGUGCCUUUCCAUCUCAUAGAUCCUGAUAUUGAGCAUCUCGUGAAGGAUGAUCCCUCCGACUUCUGGACCUCCUCUGUCACCUCUUUCUCGUCCGUAGUCUUCGUGGUAUGCCUCAAGCUGAUGCUCGUCGCCCAGAACCCCUGGGGGCUUCACACGUGGCUUCCCACGCUGAUCUCAUUCAUCAUGCUCGGCGUCGUAGUUUUCUGUUUCAGCUAUGUGUGGUUCGGUCCCACGAUGCAGCCCAACAUGAAGGGGAUGUUUGGUACCAUGGUUGAGAACAAGAAUGUUCCGUUGUCGAUGAUUGCAGUUUGUGUGAUUGCUUUGGUUCCCGACGUGACCAUGCUCGUUGUCCAGCAGUUGUUCUUCCCCUCCGAGCUGGACACGGUACGCCGCAAGUCGCGGAAGCAGGAGGCCAUCUCAUAG